CAAAGAUAAGUUAGUGCUCCUGUAUUUGUAUGUGCCGUAAACUUUAUAAAUGAUGUUGAUCUAAGCACUGGAUAAACUGGAUGUAAAAGAAGAUUUCACUGAUGAUUCAAACGGGAGGCUCAUGUUGACGCUGUAUAGAAAAAGACAGCUGCGUCGCAAAUUGAAACGAAGAAUCCUAAAGCAGAAUCCUAAAGAAGAGGAUUCAGUGCAAGCUCAUGUGCAUGCACUCAUAGCAAGCUUUGAGGAGAAUCAACUCGAAAACCUCUUUCUUGCCCUGGACUCGCGUGGCUGUGACAGUGCUCCCUGCGUGCAGCUCUCACCAGAACACCAGCUUGAUCCUUCGUUUAUGAAGCAAUCCCAUGAAAUAAUGGUGUGCAAAGCUUUUCAGUGGCCUGACCUCGAAAACAUGUCACAGCUUUGCUUAAUGCCGUAUUGCGAAUCACCUCAAAGCAACCAUAUCUGCCUCAACCCCUACCAUUAUUCAAAGUAUAUUGAUUUGCCAUUUACCUCAAUGCAUUUGUGUCAUCUUGAGAACCCUUCUGAUCUCGAGCAUGUGAACCUGUGUAAAGACUACCCAUCCGAAACUGAAACAGGACUUUCUUCUAUAUUUUCCUCAAAAAGCGAGAACCAGUUGAUCGAAACUCAUCGCUCGCCCUACUCUGCCGUAAUGACUCGCUCCCGCAGUAGUAUAUGGUGUACUUUAGCCUACUGGGAGGAACGGGAUCGAGUGGGUCGCCUUUAUCCCGUUAAACACAACUUCGUGAACGUGUUCGACCAAUCACCGAAAGGAGAAGGUUUCUGUCUCUCAGCCGUCAGCAGUCAAACCAGCCGCUCCGCUAAAGUUCGGAGGUUAAUUGGACACGGGGUUACGAUUGGCAUUGAUCCGACGCUGCAAGAAGCAAGUCUGUAUAACCGUAGUGACUACCCUGUAUUCGUUAACUCCCCAGUUCUUGAACCAAUCCCCUCCCGUUCCCAACUCGUGCAUAAAGUUCUCCCUGGCGAAUGCUGCAGAAUAUUCAGCCAUGAGGUCGCAGCCGACUUAAAAAGAUUGCACUCCCACCAUGUCACACGAACCGGUCCAUACAAUCCAUACACGGUUCGAAUCAGCUUCGUAAAGGGCUGGGGCGGUAACACAUACCGAAGGCAAGUCAUAACCUCAUGCCCGUGUUGGCUUGAAAUUCUAUUUAACCCAUCUCAGCAUUCUUGACAGCCCACCAGCGCCACCGCUUACCAACAUAUACAAGAUGUAUCGUGCUACUUAUUUCGCGUUGUUCACUAUUUCUUGAAUUUAUAUUUCUUAUCUUCAUUAUUCCCGCUUUGUAUGUUUCAUGAAUACAAGUAAAUUAUUACAAA